AUGCAGUGCGCAAUCUCGGGACAGACCCCGGAGACCCCGGUGGUGUCGAAGAAGUCGGGGCACGUCUACGAGAAACGGCUCAUCGUCAAGUACAUCGAUGCCGAGGGAAAGUGCCCCGCAACCGGGGAGGAGCUUACCGCGGACGACCUGCUGGAUGUGCGAUCGGAGGGGGCCGUCAAGCCCAGGCCCGCCGAGGCCGCCUCUAUUCCCGGCCUCUUUCUUUCCUGCAGGUGCGGUGCAGUCCAUGAUAACGAGUGGGACGACCUGAUGCUUGAGACGCACACCCUUAAGCAGCACCUCAAUCAGACGAGGCAGGAGCUCAGCCAAUCGUUGUACCAGAACGACGCGGCGUGUCGGGUGAUCGCACGUCUGCAUCGCGAAAGGGACGAAGCGCUGGCGCAGGUGCAGGCACAGAGGACCGUUCUGGCGCAGGCGCAGGCGGCAGCCCCGGCAGCGGCGGCGGCGGUGGAAGAGAUGCAGACGGAGGAUGACGGGGAGGAGGGAAUCUCGCCCGCCGCGCACGCGCAGAUGCAGGCGAAGUGGAAGGAGCUCUCCAAGAAGAGGAAGAAGAGGGCCAUGCCGGACGACCUGGCCUCUCAGGAGACCGUGUCGGCGUGGGGCGAGGUGUCGAGGAACACCCUCCACAAGACAAGCCCCAAGGGCAUCACGUGCCUCGACCUCCACCCGUCCAAGCCGAACUUGGUGCUCACCGGCGGUGUGGACAAGACGGCCAUCGUCUUCGACCGGGACACGCAGGCGCAGGUGGCGACGCUCUCUGGCCACACCAAGAGAAUCACGGACGCGUGCUUCCACCCCACUCGGGAGCUGCUGCUCACGUCCUCGGCGGACAAGACCGCUCGCGUGUGGCAGGCCCAGGCGGAAGGGGACGGGGGCGGGUACAAGGCUGCCCACGUGCUGGACGACCACGACGGGGAGGUGGUGGGCGCCACGGUGCACGCCACGGGAGACUUCAUGGCCACGGCGUCGAAGGACAAGAGCUGGGCGUUCUACGACAUCAACAGGGGGAGGUUGUUGAAGCACGUCAAGAACGACGAGUACUCGGAAGGGUACAACUGCGUCCGCUUCCACCCGGACGGUCUCAUCCUGGGUACCGGCACUGGCGACGCGCUCGUGCGCAUCUGGGACAUGAAGCAGGCGGCCAACGUGGCCAACUUCAAGGGCCACGAGGGAGGGGUGAACGCUCUGGCCUUCAGCGAGAACGGUUACUACAUGGCCUCGGCGGGUGAGGACGGCUACGCGCGCCUGUGGGACCUCCGCAAGCUCACCAACUUCGACAACCUGACCAUCGGCGACGGGGCGGCGCACUCGGUAGCGUUCGACUUCUCGGGGUCCUACCUCGCGGCGGGCGGGAAGAAGUGCACUAAGGUGUUUGCGGUUAAGACCUGGGGAGAGCUGGCUACUUACGGCGGCUACGGCGGGUCAGUGACGGGCGUCAAGUUUGGCAAAAGCGCGAGCUUCUUGGCCACAUCCUCGAUGGACAGGACGCUGCGUUUCUACGGCACCGCGUAA